AUGAUCCUUUCAGACCCACCCCCUCUCCUUGUUAUACAUACCGUUAAAUCUGUGAAACUUUUUUCUUCUUUUUGUUUUCUUUCCUUCCAUUUUUCUUUCUUUCCUUCCUUUCUUUCUUUUUCUUUCUUUCCUUCCUUCCUUUCUUUUUCUUUCUUUCCUUCCUUUCUUUCUUUUUCUUUCUUUCCUUCUUUCUUUUCUUUUCUUUUCUUUCUUUUUCUUUCUUUCCUUCCUUUCUUUCUUUUUUCUUCUUCCUUCCUUUCUUUCUUUUCUUUCUUUCCCUUCUUUUCUUUCCUUUCUUUCUUUUUCUUUCUUUUUUCUUUCUUUUUCUUUCUUUCCUUUCUUUCCUUUCUUUUCUUUCCUUUCUUUUCCUUUCCUUUCCUUUCUUUCUUCCUUCCUUUCCUUUCUUUCCUUUCUUUUCCUUCCUUUCUUUCCUUCCUUCCUUCCUUUUUUUUCUUUUCUUCCUUUCUUUUUCUUUUCUUCCUUUCUUUUUUCUUUUUCCCUUUUUUCUUUUUCUUCCUUUUUUUUUUUUUCUUCCUUUCUUUUUCUUUUCUUCCUUUUCUUUCUUUUCCUUCCUUUUUUUUUUCUUCCUUCCUUUUCUUUCCUUUUUUUUUCUUUCCCUUUCCUUUUUUUUCAUUCCCUUUCCUUUUUUCAUUCUUUUCUUUUCUUUCCUUCCUUUCUUUUUUUUUUCCUUUUUUUUUUCCUUCUUUCUUUCCUUCCUUCCUUUCUUUUUUCUUUCCAGCGAAGCCAUCAGGAUGCAGGCUUGGUAGAAGAUUUGAGCACGAGUGA